CAAGCGCUCCACGACACACAAUGCCACCACGGGCACCCCUCAAUUGGGGCUCACUGCCCCUCCUUCCAUCAGCAACACGCUCGCUCAACCCUCUCGCACAACACACUGCCGCCACACCAGCGCUCUCCUACGCCAGCACUCGCGGCAUCAAAUCCACAUUCGGCCCCAAGCGCGACCGGUUUGCACACCGCCACAAUGCACCUGCCCUCAACUCCACAACGACAGCAGCGUUAGAACGGAAAGCGCAUUCCACACCCUUGCGCACUGGCCUCUUAGCUCUUAAGCGCGGCAUGACCGCCCUUUACGACCCAGAGACGGGAAAACGCACACCUUGCACCGUUCUGCAGGUUGACCGCAACGAAGUCGUUGCACAUAAGACGAGAGAUAUCCACGGAUAUUGGGCUGUGCAGAUUGGCGCGGGGCAGAAGGAGCCUAGGAACGUCACCCGGCCGCUUUUAGGGCACUUCGCGCAGGCGGGUGUGAGCCCGAAGAGGCACCUGGCAGAGUUCAAAGUCAAGGAUGGUAGUGGAUUGGGGCUGAGUGUGGGUGAGAGUGUGGGCGCGAACUGGUUCGCGCCAGGGCAGUGGGUUGAUGUGAAGGGUAUUUCGAGGGGUAUGGGGUUCGCUGGUGGUAUGAAACGCCACGGCUUCAGCGGUCAACCCGCAUCCCACGGUAACUCGCUCACCCACCGCGCUAUGGGUUCUGCCGGAGGAUCGCAAGGAUCGGGUUCGCGCGUGCUGCCUGGCAAGCGCAUGGCUGGGAACAUGGGGAAUGAGAGCGUCACAGUCAAGAAUCUGAAGGUCCUGCAGGUUGACGAGGCGAAUGGGUUGAUUGUGGUGACUGGCUGCGUUCCUGGACCCAAGAACCAGAUUUUGAAGGUGCAGGAUGCGCUGGGCAAGGCCUGGCCGAAGGGUCCCAUGAGAAAUGCUGAGCUGGCACCGAUCGUUCAAGUUGCUGAGCCUGCCGAGGUCGCUACAGCAACAGCGUAAGAGGGGGAUGAUUUGGACUCGAGGAGAUAUCGUACCAUACAACUGCCAGUCACGGGCGUUCCGGCAGCGUCAGUAGCAUCGAAGUAUGCAUUGGGCAGGGCUGAUAUUGUAUAGACCUGUGUAUAACAUGUAAGAGCUAUCGAGCGCACUAUUGAGCGUUACAAGAGACACUUUAAACGUGCAGCCACCCGCACUUCUCAGCCUUGUAUUGUCGUUCAAGAUCAC